CAAUCGUUAGAGCAGUUACGGGAACAAGUGGCCCUUCAUCCCUCCAUUUUGCCUAACGACUUUGACAUCAGUCCCUCCACGCUUGAACUGAGACUUAAUGUGCCUGAUAACAACAACUCCGAUGCGGAGAACAACUUUGACUAUGAUAGCCGAACUAUUCCCUCCAAGUUUUCCCUUCAAAAGUACAUUUAUGACUCCUCUGAGCUGGUCCAUCAGGAGCCCGAUUACGUAAAUAUAUCCUUACAGGAUGAUGCUUUUCGAAAGCAAAUUUCCGAACUAGCUCAAGGGCGCCUGGUGCAGACGGUAGAGCUGUACAAGCCCGAAGGACAGAGCUUGGGCUUUAAGGUGGUCAACAAUCCGGAGAAGCAUUUAGAAGGCAUUUUCAUUCAGGAGAUCCACGACAACGGCAUUGCAGCCAG